AUGUUCGCCAUACCAAAUGCCAAGCGCGUCCGCCGCUCCGACCUCUUCUCCACCCGCUCGCACUCCGCCUCUCCCUCGCGCUCCGCCUCUUCCUCGCCCGAUCCCGAAGCCGCAGCCGCCCUCCUCCGCGCACGCCUCGACGCCCAGCUCGGCGCCGCACUACCCAUCGCCGCCUCACCCACCGAAACAAACCCCAACCCCGCCCCCAACGACCACGACGAUGACGACGAAGCCGACGAACUCGAGUUCCGCCUCUUCGCCACGCCCGCCGCCGCCGCCGCCGCUGCCUCCACAGAAUCCACAACAACAUUAGCAGCAACAACAGCACCCGCACGCCCCCAGAAAAUCCGCCUCCGCUCCCCCUCCCUCGACCCCGACCGCCCCGCCGGCUUCGUCAACCCCUCCCGCCCACACUCAUACUACUUCGCCGAAGCCCCCUCCUCUGAAGCGACGCGCCGCCUCGCCGCCGCGGCCGUCACCGGCGCCGACGUCCUCGCGCGGUCGACGUCGAUGCGCUGGCCGGGCUGCGCGAUGCCGUGGCGCGUCACGGUCGUGGAUCCGGCGGGAAGGGCGCGGAGAGGGGUUUGUGCGAGGCAUGGAGAGCAGCUGGAGUCGGAGUUGGUGGAUGGUGGUGAGAAGGGGGGGAGGGCGAGGAAGGGGAAGAAGGCGAGGGUGGCGUUGAGGAAGAAGCGGGCGAGGGGUUUGGAGCGGAAGGAGGCGGCGGAGGUGGCGAAGAGGGAGAAGGAGGAGCAUGAGCGGGCGAAGAGGAUGGAGAAGAAUCGGAGGCAGAAGUUGAAGAGGAGGGAGAAAGAGAGGGCGAGGAAGGCGGGGGAGAAGGACAAUGAGAGGGGGGAUGGCGGGGAGGGUGAGGGUGAGGAUGUGGUUAUGGAGGAGGGGGAUGCGGAGUGA